GUACAGAGCCUGAUGAUACACAUGACAAUAUAAAAGGACCACGGGGCAUUCACUUGGAGCCUGAGAAAUUUCACCUUUUUGGAGUUUUGCUGGCCGUGUUAGGAAACUUGGUCAUCAGUAUUUCCCUAAAUAUUCAGAAAUAUUCUCACCUGCGGUUGGCCCGCCAAGAGCAGCCGCGGCCGGUCUUCAGGAGCGCGCUGUGGUGGGGCGGCGUCCUGCUGAUGGCCGUGGGCGAGACGGGGAACUUCGCGGCCUACGGAUUUGCCCCCGUUACUCUCAUUGCUCCCUUAGGCUGUAUGUCCGUUACAGGUAGUGCCUUUAUUUCCGUCAUGUUUCUGAAAGAAAACUUGAGAACCUCAGAUUUACUAGGUAUGACAUUGGCAUUCGCAGGAUCCUAUUUAUUGGUGAACUUUGCUCCAAAUAUAACUCAGGCGAUCUCGGCAAGAACAAUACAGUAUUACUUUGUUGGCUGGCAGUUCCUGAUGUAUGUGAUUUUAGAAAUAAUAAUUUUCUGCAUUCUCCUAUAUUUCCACAAGAGAAAAGGAAUGAAGCACAUUGCGAUUCUUCUGAGCCUGGUGGCGCUUCUAGCCUCACUGACUGUUAUUUCAGUAAAAGCUGUCUCAGGCAUGAUCACUUUUUCUGUGACGGAUAAAAUGCAGCUAACUUAUCCCAUCUUCUACAUAAUGUUUAUCAUCAUGAUAGCAUCUUGUGUUUUCCAAGUCAAGUUCCUGAAUCAAGCCACGAAACUCUACAAUACGGCCAUGGUGGUGCCAGUUAACCACGUUUUCUUUACAACCAGUGCUAUCAUUGCAGGCAUCGUAUUUUAUAGGGAAUUCCUUGGUGCAGCUUUUCUCACUGUAUUUAUAUAUUUUUUUGGGUGUUUUCUGUCAUUCCUGGGUGUGUUUUUGGUCACAAGAAACCGAGAAAAAGAACAUCUGCCACAGUCUUUCAUUAACUUUGGAAAUAUUCCUGGGAAACAAAUGUUGGAUAAAAUACAACCAGAUUCGAACGGCUUAUCCUAUGGAACUUUGCCUGAUGGAAGUGACUCAACAAAGAGCCAAGGCGGAGAGAAGAAAGGGGCCUGAACUGCCGAGAGGGAUGGCUGCUGGCCCGUUACCCGAUACCACCUUUUUAAAAAAUUGCACAUGUUCCGUUUGUGUCAGCAGCGAUUUAUCGCUGACAUGUGCUAGCGUUCGUUCAGUUCUCGGCCCCCUCCCUCCCGCGCACACUCAGCCUUGCUGAGCUCUGACAGUCUGAUGUUUUUGUGGAAUGUAACUUGAAGUGUCCCCCACCCCGUGGACCUCUCCCGAGUGACCCUCUAACCGGCUAGGUCUUAAUCAGAGCCUGGCUCCCCACGCAGGAGUGUC